AUGCGCACAGCAAAUUGUCACUUUGCACAGAUGAUCAUGUUCCGAAGGGCAUUGCUGCUCACGUAGUCAGUCUUCAUCACAUUUUACUUUUGUUUUACUUUUAAAUAUAUCAUCUGCGUCAGGAGAACCAGCGUCAUGUUUAACUUUGUGGAUAUGCGCUGUUGCUGAGAGCGCAACUUCGCAGCCCAAGUUUGGAGAGCUGGAGCGAGCGCAUCGGUGCGCGCCGACAUCUAAACCACGCCGAGGCCACUUUUUGAAGAGCUUCUGAAGAUGAAUGACACGGAAAUAUUUUGCAAUGACAGCUACACGUACAACUUUACCGAUAAGUCAUGUCAGAGGGGAACUGUGCCGCCUUAUAGUCCCAUCGACAUUACUACUUUCAUGCACAUAUUCCCUUCAAUUUACGGAAUCCUGUGUUCUGUUGGAGUUAUAGCCAAUGGACUGGUUAUCUACGCGGUGGCGGCAUGCAAGAAGAAGAUGGUUUCAGACAUCUACGUGCUUAACUUGGCUAUGGCCGACAUGCUGUUCUUGCUCGUGAUGCCCUUCAACAUUCACCAGCUGGUCAGAGACCGACAGUGGGUGUUCGGAAACUUCAUGUGUAAGGCGGUGGUGGUGGUGGAUGUCAGCAACCAGUUCACCACGGUGGGGAUUGUCACGGUGCUGUGCAUUGAUCGGUAUAUAGCUAUUGUGCAUCCGAGCUCAGAGAGGAGGACCGUGCAGUGGACCAUUAUCAUCAAUCUGCUGGUGUGGCUGGGCAGCUUCCUCCUCACCAUACCAGUCAUGAUGUAUGCCAAGGUUGUUCGCAGGCAGCAUUUAGAGGUGUGCAUGAUGUACUUGGACGGGCCUGAAGACAUGUACUGGUAUACUCUCUACCAGUCUAUCCUGGGCUUCAUCAUCCCCCUCAUUGUCAUCAGCACCUUCUACUCGCUCACCCUCUAUCAUGUCUUCAGCUCCAUCCGUCGGGUCAAGCGUAAGCAGUCCGUGUGGGCUAAAAGAGCCACCAAAAUGGUCCUAAUGGUCAUCGCCUUGUUCCUGAUCUGCUGGUCGCCCUACCACGUCAUCCAGGUGGUCAACCUGAGCAACAACACGCCAACCCUUGCUUUUGUCUACGCCUACAACAUCAGCAUCUGCCUCAGCUACUCCCACAGCUGCAUCAACCCGCUCAUGUUGCUAAUUUUUGCCCAGAAUUACCGCGAGCGCCUUUGCCGCCGGAACGCUCUGCACAGCUCCCAGCACUCGUCGAAGGUCACAGUGGUCAAACCCGAUGGCUCCAGCAUGGCGAACGACCCCAGCUAUCGCAUUACUGUCAUUUAGAAAAAGAGAAAUAACUUUUUGUACAUGUAAAUGUUUUUUGAUGCUUGCCUCAAAGCGAGGCAGCUCAAGUGAACGCCUUUGAAAUUAUAUCAUAAACUGAUGUCACGCAAAAAAGAAUUAAACAAAACAAAACAAAAAAAGAGCCUGAAGCAACAGGAUCAAAAUCCGCCUUUGUUGAAAAAGUUAAAUACAGGCAAUGUGUUUCAUUGAUUAACUUUAAUUUAACAACGGGCUAUAUCCAGUGUCAUGAUGGUCAGUGGCAAUGCUGAAGCGUGGAUACGGCAUAAAAAAACCUUUGCAUAUUUACUGCAUAAUGGAGUAAGUUCCACUGUGUAGCUUCACUCCAUGGCUUGUUUUACCAGUACACAUCAUGGCGUCUUGUGUCUGAACAGACGUGAUCUGCAGCAGGACUAUUAUCAUUGAUCUAAUAAAGAACUCUUUAUAAGGGCUUGUGAUUUGUAACCAGUAGCCUGAAUAAUGGGUAAAUUUGUGAUGCGAAAUGGAUAAGUUAGGGGCAGUUCUGUAAAUGUUUUUAAUCCACUUGCUGUGGUUUUCCAACAAUUAUUCCAGUUGUCAGUGGUAAUUCUGAUUUUAGGGUUGUUUUGGUCAAAUUCUCUGACUUUCUGCUAAAACAAUGAGAGGCAGUUUUCCAUUUAUACAAUGUUAGCUGCAACUUUUAAACCUUUCUAGAUUACCAAUACAACUAUAACAGCCAAUAAUCUGUUUUUCCUGGCUGUGUGAUUCUGAUGGCUCAGUUGGAUGUUAUUUACAUAAAUACAGACUGCAGACUGAUGUGCAAAGUACUGCAUCUCUGGUUUGCUCUUGGCUGAACUGCAAAUGGUAGAGUAAGUGAACAAUCGCUCGCUGUUUGAUGAAACAUGUUUGUUUUAAGUUUUGUAUUUAAAGAUAAAAAGAGUUUAAUUAUCACGUGUCACAGCCCACUUCUGCUAGUUUCUGGCUCAAAUGGCUUGACAAUGCAGCAUAAAAGGACUCAGGGACCAUUGUCUCAUCAAAAAUUAGACAACCUCAAUCACUCAAAUUGCUGUUUUUACCUUAACUGUGUUUCCAAUUUCCUGGAUUGGUUGCAGGGUGACUCCUUCUUCUUUUAUCUGCCCCUGUCUGCAUCCACAGUUGGAACAUCACGCCUCAAGAGACAUGAAAACGCACAUAAACAGACGUCCGCAUUACAACAUACAGCAAUGGAUCCGUGUAUAUCACUGUAGGGAUAUUGUGUAUUGAUGCAGCAGGUGACUGUUGUCCUAGUGUGUGUGUUACUCUGUUGUUCUGUGUUUCCCUCAGAUUUUUGCUCUGAUAUGUAUUUUUGUGAUUAAGAGCCUUUUUUCACAAAGGACUCAGAUAUUGUAGUGAUAUUGUGAUCUUGCAAAGACAAAUAGAGACUGUGUGAAGGAUGGGUAAACGCUUUCCCACCAGUGUCAUGUUACUUGCAUAAUAAAAUGUGAAGGAAAACAAGAUUUGUAAUCUCUUUUGAAUUAGUAGGAAUUUUGAAACAGAUAGUGAGGGAUGAAUCAGGAUCAACCUGUUAUUUAAAUAACUGUCAGUGUCCCUUAAAGUUGCUCCUGAUUCACCGCUGAACAGCACAAACAAAUAUCUACUUAUUCAUUUGCUUCUUAACCAC